UUUGCCAAAUUUAAGUUGGUAAUUUGUGAAAAUGGCUAAAUUACUGCAGCGCGUAGAAAUUACAUUACGUAGCUUUUAUAUUUUCAACUCUAGUUUUGGACAAAUUGAGGGAGAGGAACACAAAAAGGUUUUGUUCUACCAUCCAAAUGAUAUUGAAUUAAACACUAAAAUAAAGGAUGUAGGUCUAAGUGAGGCUAUUAUAAGGUUUACUGGAACUUUUACUUCCGAAGAUGAUUGCCAGGCGCUGCAUACUCAGAAAACCACCCAACUUUUUUACCAACCAGAGCCAGGAUAUUGGUUAGUUUUGGUUUUAAAUGUUCCCAAGGAGGUGCGGCUCAAAGAUGGCGUGGAGGUGGCCGACUAUCGGGGGGCAGAAAUCUCGGACAGGAUAUAUAGAUCUAUCCUCAGGCAAUGCUAUCUAAUGUUUCGCUUUCAACACGGAGGUUUCUCAUCCGUUGGAAGUAACGAAACAAAUCCAGAUAAGAGAAGGGAACUGCUUUGCCAAGAACUCCACAAAUUCUAUGAUCAUCACUUGGGAAACCUGAAGGAUCCCUCGCAAUGUGAUAUUAUCGACAUGUUGCAUUCCAUACAAUAUCUUCCCCUGGACAAAUCCCUUUUUCUGCGUGCCCAAAAUUUCGGCACACUAGGUGAGACCUUUACCGACAUUAAGGAGAGCAUAAUGCUAUACCAGGAGCAGGUCCUUUGUGGUGGAAAACUCAACCCGGAGGAUCUGCACAGCUUGCAUUCGUAUGUAGUGGAACGUGUGCUGAAAGUGGAGGCCAGCAAUUCGUCUAUUGCAGUGUCCCCCUCAUUGAAAAGAAGCAUAAGUGAAAGUCAGGUUGGGGGAUUUGUGAGUACCCAAAAUAAUGGAGAGGGAGACGGUCAGGAGAAGGAUAACUUGGAGGAUCCCUUGAAAGUAUAUGUCACCCUGGAAAAGAAUACAAAGCCCUACUAUAUGCUCAUAUAUCGAGCGUUGCACAUAACGCUUUGCCUAUUUUUGGAUGCUGACCAACCAUCCCCGAAAAAAGAGUUAUAUGACGAACUCCAUGCCUACAUGGCUCCACAUCUGACAUCUUUAGCCCGUGAUAUAUCCAGCGAGUUGACCAAGGAGGCAGCUGGUGCGACUGGUCAGGAAAACUCCAUCAGUAACAGCGAAUCGGCACCCAAGUACUUGUUUAUCAACGAACAGAGCCUGCAGCAUCACACGAACUUUCAGAGGCACCUUCCCCAUGGAUUGCCCCGAAAUGUCCUUAGUAUAAUAGCAGACCUGGCCAAUGCAAGUGGAAAGGGCGAGAUAGAGAGUGCUCCUUCAGAGGAGAUCCAGGUGAAGACGACCAAUGACUACUGGAUUGUAAAAAGGCGUUGUAACUAUAGACAAUACUAUGUCAUUCUGUGCAAUAGCAAGGCCACUUUGUUAGACGUCACCCAGGAAGCAAGACGCAUUUUCGAGCAGGAGCUCACAGAUGAUGUAUUUUUUGACAAAUAAAGAGGAGAAUCAGAUACAGAA